GUCAGCGUUCCCGGCCUGGACGCCUCGGCUGGAGGGACUGCUGUCAGGAGAAAAAACAAAACUACACGGCGCCACCGGCCUGUAGUUCUGUUUUUUUCUGUGGGGUUCCUUCGAGGCUCAGCUCUUCUCCUCUCGGAUUUUACAUUUCUGGAUACAGAGGUUUGGUCUUGUGAACGCAGCCCUCUGGGCAGCUCAGGCAUCCUUGCUCAGACAAGGUGCCGACCAUCAUGUCAACACAGGCGCCAACAUUCACGCAGCCGCUGCAGAGCGUCGUGGCACUAGAGGGUAGUGCCGCGACGUUCGAGGCUCAAGUUAGUGGUUCUCCAGUUCCUGAGGUGAGCUGGUUCCGUGAUGGCCAGGUUCUUUCCGCUGCCGCUCUGCCCGGCGUUCAGAUCUCGUUCAGCGACGGCCGCGCUGUUCUGAGGAUCCCCGCUGUGACUGCCGCACACAGCGGAAGAUUUUCCAUCAGAGCCACCAAUGGUGCUGGACAAGCCACAAGCACAGCUGAGCUGUUGGUCACAGCGGAGACGGCGCCUCCAAACUUCCUUCAGAGACUUCAGAGCUCCACAGUGAGACAGGGCAGCCAGGUGAGGCUGGACGUCCGAGUCACAGGUAUCCCAACACCUGUGGUGAAGUUCUACAGAGAGGGAGCAGAGAUCCAGAGCUCUGCCGACUUCAGGAUCCUCCAGGAGGGAGACCUGUACAGUCUGCUGAUAGCUGAGGCCUUCCCAGAGGAUUCUGGGACGUAUUCUGUGACCGCCACUAACAGCAGUGGACGAGCCACAUCCACCGCUGAACUGCUGGUUCAAGGUGAAGAAGCUGUACCGAUAAAGAAAACCAAGACGAUUGUGUCCACAUCUCAGAUGGCGUCUUCCCAGACCAGAGUGCAGAGGAAGAUGGAGGCGAGUUUCCAGGCCACCGCCAUGAUGGAGAUGCAAGUUGAAGGAGGAAUGAUGACUCAGCAUUUGGCUCAUAAAACCCCCCCGCGGGUUCCCCCCAAACCCACCUCCAAGUCCCCGCCGUCCCUUGUUUCCAAGGUGACAGGAGGACGUCAGCAGUCGCCUUCACCAGUCAGACACGUGAAGGGGCCGACGCCCGCACCUGUCAGAUCCAUGUCUCCGUCGGCCAGACUGUCGGUCUCCCCCAUCAGACCCGUCAAGUCGCCCUUAAUGACCAGGAAACAGUUGGCCACCGCUGCAGAGGUUCUGCCUCCCUGGAAACAAGGAGGCUAUGUGUCUGAGGCUGCCUACACCAGUAUGACCGGUAUGACCGGUACCAGUAUGACCGGUAUGACCAGUAUGACCGGUAUGACCGGUGUGACCGGUGUGACCGGUGUGAGCGGUAUGACCAGUAUGACCGGUAUGACCGGUGUGAGCGGUAUGACCAGUAUGACCAGUAUGACCAGUGUGAGCGGUGUCAGCAGCGUCAGCAGCGCCACCCAGCUGCACAUGGAGAAACACUGGGAGCAGCAGGUCAGCGCCACCAGAGAGGAGGCGGCUGCGGUUCCCACCAGAGCUCAGGAGCCCGUCGUCCCGCCUGCUCUUGUUGCUGGUCUGAAGAAUGUGACCGUGACAGAGGGCGAGUCCGUGACCCUGGAGUGUCAGAUCAGCGGCCAGCCCGCUCCUGCCGUCAUGUGGUUCAGAGAGGACUUCAAGAUUGAGAGCUCCAUCGAUUUCCAGAUCAGCUACAAGAGUGGAUUCGCCCGGCUGGUGAUCCGCGAGGCGUUCGCUGAAGACAGCGGCCGCUUCACCUGCACCGCCACCAGCGAGGCAGGAACUGUCAGCACCUCCUGCUACCUGCUCGUCAAAGUGUCAGAAGAAAUUGAGAGUAGAGAGGAGACGACAGUGUCUGAAGUUGGCGUCACACAACAGAAAAUUGUUGCUGUAGAGACAAAGGAACAGAUGGUGGUGGAGGUGACGACAGGAGAGUCUGCUGCUCCCUUCUUCAUCAAGAAACCCAGCGCUCAGAAGCUGGUGGAGGGAGGAAGUGUCGUCUUCCAAUGUCAAGUCGGAGGAAACCCCAAACCUCACAUCAUCUGGAAGAAGAGCGGCGUGCCGCUCACCACUGGAUACAGAUACAAAGUGGCCUACAAGAAGGAGACUGGAGAAUGCAGACUGGAGAUCUCCAUGACCUUUGCUGAUGAUGCUGGAGAAUACUCCAUCUUUGCCAAGAAUUCUCAUGGAGAAGCCUCGGCCUCCGCCGGUCUGCUGGAGGAAGAGGAAUAUGACGCUUAUAUGAAGCAGCUUGACGUGACAUAUAAAACUGAAGUGACGACGACGGUGGUCCAGGAGCCCUCUGUGGUCGUGAGUCAAUACGAGACGGAGCAGAGGAAAGUGACGACCCCCAUGAGCUUUGUCUCAGAAACAGAAUUCCUCGUUUCAGCGUUUGAAGAGAGGAUUAUUCACGAGAUUGAAUUGCGUAUCAUGAGGAUCACCUACAGUGAGCUGGUGACGGAGGACGGAGAGCUGGUGGUGACUGUAGCAGAGGAAGAAGCAAUGCUACCGGCCUUCGACACUCCAGUCAAAAACUACAGAAUUGUGGAGGGAAUGGGCGUCACUUUUCACUGCAAGAUGGCUGGAAAACCGCUGCCAAAGAUCGUUUGGUACAAAGACGGCCAGCGCAUCAGGCCUGGUGGCCGUUACCAGAUGGAGGUUCUUCAGGAUGGGAGAGCCAGCCUGCGCCUGCCGGUGGUGCUGCCUGAGGAUGAGGGCGUGUACACCGCCUUCGCCACCAACAUGAAGGGAAAUGCCAUCAGCUCUGGGAAACUCUAUGUGGAGCCGUCCGGAGCUGUAACACCUCAGAGAUACACACCACAGCCAGCAAU